UACUGGUUGCACACAUACAAGCAGCCUGCCCAUAGAAAAUAUAAAAAGGGGUCAGAGAGAGACUUUUUAGUUUUUAGUUUUAGAGAGGGAAGGAGGGAGGGGUUUUGCGUAGUCUCAUUGCUCAGCCGUUUCCUUAUUCUUAUAAGGUUUUGACAAUAGUAUCAUUUCUGCAGUAUACAAAGGGGAGCGUUUAAUGGUUUAUAUCAAUCACAUGUUUGAAUCAUUGGAGGGUGCUAAGCAGUGGCUUGAUUGAGAGAGCAAAAAUCACAUCUGGCAGAUGUUAGCUGAGUUUUUCAGGUGAAAAUGUUGAUACCGAGUUCCCUUCCUAAUUCAAUUGAAUCUACUCCAUUUCAUGUAUCUGAUCAUGGGAAACAGAAUUUAUUUUGUGAAGUCACGCCUGGUACUGAAAUUUGGCAGAUGGGCCCAAAAUGUCAUGAACAUUGCCACAAUUGCUGUAAAGAAGCUGCUUCAAUUACCGGGGAAAAAGAGGGUAACAAUUAUUCAUGCCUGUUAAGUUUUCCGAGAAGUCCUCAUCCACCAACCACCAGUAAAAUGUCUGAAAGUUCUGCACCCAAUUUUGUAUAUAGUAGAAGGAAAUUACAAGGAAAUACUAUUGACUUUUUAUCCGCAAUCACAGAGGGAUCUGGUGAGGAUUGUCCUUAUGUCAUAAAUUCUGAUGGUUCCUCAGUUCCAGUUAAGGAGCACCAUGUAGUUUCUGAAGAUGAGCAUGAGACUGAAGCUGUUAGAGAAUCUCUCAUGUCUCCUCUAAUAUGCAAUGGAGCUGAAUAUUCACAUCCCUUAUCUUUUGGAAGACGUGCUCAGCUUACAACUGUCAGUCCAGUGUCCGAAGGUGCUGCCCCUAAUUUUGUUUAUGAGAGAAGGAAGCUGCAACAAAACUCUGUUACCUUUUCAUCAACUCAGGUCCCUGCAAUGGAGAAGAGAAGUGGAGAGGAUUGUCUUUCAGUGAUCAGUUCCAAUGGUCCUUCAUUUGCACACAAGGAGGAACGCCUAGUUUCUCAAUAUGAGCAUGGAGCUGCCCUUAUGCUUCCUCCCACAGUAUAUUCUUCUUGCCAAUUAAGUUUACAAAGAAGUCCUCAGCUACCUACUUUCAGUACAAUGUCUGAAAUUUCUGCAAGUAAGUUUGUAUACAGUAGAAGGAAGAUGCGAGGGAACUCUGUUACCUUUUUGUCAGCACAGGUCCCUGGAAUCACAAAGAGAAGCAGACAAGAUUGCCUUUCAGUUGUCAGUUCUGAUGGUCCUUCCCUUGCAGUUGAGGAGGCACGUGUAGUUUCUCAAGAUCAACAUGAAAGUGGAUGUUCGCUUCAAAAUGGAGAGCCACAUGUUUCAAAAUCAGAAUCUAGUAGUGGAUGUUCACUUGUUGAAGACCAGGUUUCUGAUGAAGCUUCAAAAAAGAGCAGGCCGAAAAUCAUUGAGGUUGAUGGUAUAAAUGAUAGUUGCUCAUCAUCAAAGUCAGAUGUGGAACUUGUUUCAGCUUCUACAAAGACUGAAGGACAUGAUAAUGGUGAGUGCUCUUCAUCCACUGUAAUGGCAGCAGAGUUCGCAAGGGAAGACCAGUCUGAAAAACACAGGUGUAUCUCUAUACUCGGAAAGCAGAGGGCUUUUGAUGGAAUUUGGCCUGGAAAAACCCGUGCUUCUGCCAAAAGAAUUGGUGAUGGUAGUGGUAGCAGCAGUUCGCGGUCAUGCAAAAAAUGUUUCCUUAAAGAGUCCCCAGCAAAGAUGCUAAUUUGUGAUAACUGUGAAGAUUCAUUUCAUGUAUCUUGCUGCAAUCCUCAUGUAAAAAGAAUACCAAUUGAUGAAUGGUUAUGUCGUUCAUGUAUGAAGAAGAAACGAAUAAUUCCCAACGAGAGAAUUUCCAGAAAACCUCUCAAUAUAAUUGGUGACAUGGGCAGAUGUAGAGACGCUUCAUCUAUAGGUGAAUCUGAUCCUAUAGCAUUGAUGUUGAAAGAUACUGAGCCAUAUACAGGUGGUGUUCGAGUUGGUAAAGGUUUUCAAGUAGAAGUUCCAGAUUGGUCAGGUCCCAUUAUCAAUGAUGUCGACACUAUUGGCAAACCUGUGGUAUUGGAUACAUCAUACUUUGUCAGUUUGCAUGAAUUGAAGUACAACAAACCUUCUAAAUUUGGCUCUAUAGGUAAUUGGCUUCAAUGUAGACAGGUCAUAGAUGAUGCAGCAGAAGGUGGCAAUGUAACUAUAUGUGGAAAAUGGCGCAGGGCUCCUCUUUUUGAAGUCCAAACUGAUGACUGGGAAUGCUUCUGCUGUGUCUUUUGGGAUCCAAUUCAUGCUGACUGUGCUACACCUCAGGAGCUGGAAACUGAUGAAGUUAUGAAGCAGCUAAAGUAUAUUCAGAUGCUGAGACCCCAAAUAGCUGCUAAACGGCGGAAAUUAAAACAUGCCAACAAUGGUGAUCCAACGGAUGAUUGCAAGGAGUGAUGGAUUAAAAAAUGAGCAGAAACUGCUCAAUAUUUCGAUGAAGUAUUGUCCAUACAGGCUGCUUUAUACAUUCAUUCUCAAAGAAAUCCACAGAGCUGAAUUUUGGAGUUAGGUAUUGCAUCAUAGUAAAAAUAAAAAUAAAAAAGGGGUUACUGUAGACAGUAAAUGUUCAGUGGUAUAUGUGAGCCUGUGGUUGAGCCUUCUUGAAUGUGCUUUGUUUUUCUUAAGUACUGCUGCUGCUAAUGAGAGGUGCAUAGGGGCAAUGUUUGAUAAAGGUAA